CAGGCGCGCUGGCUUUCCAGCUGAUUUUGUAAUAAGGAUUUGCGCGCAAGGAAUCGUGCAUAAUGGUGCAACGCUUUGAAAAUUAUUUAUUGACAACUGUACCGAAAAUUUAUCUGAUAUAGUUUUAUUCGAUGUAAAAAGUGAGAAAUCAAUUAUGAUCAACGAGUCCACAUGUUUUAAAGGUGUUUGAAUAAACGAGCAAGGCAGCAUUCGAAAGUGGAGUUACGGUCGGUAUCUAUAUCUAUCUGGAACUCUAUAUGGUGGAAGGGAACGUUCGUGAAUGUUAUAAUAUUAGCUUGUAAUCGUCUACGGAGUACAAUUGUCUUUCUGCUGCGUUCGAAAAUGGCGACUGUCUCAAGCGUGGAAUGCGUGGAUUUUCUCGAGUUUCAGGACUCGUUGCGUAAAAUGAGACAAUUUGAUGACAAAAUUAUCUAUCUAUUGAACACCACUAUACCAACCGAAUCAUUCAAAGGCCAAGUCGAUCCACAAACCAGGUGCAAGGAUUUGUUUCAUGAAAUACAAAGUGGCCAUGCUCAAAGAGACAUAGCGAUCAAAAAAUGUUUGAACACUGUUAGUGAAAGAGUGAGAGCUUUGAAGGAGAAGAAAGACAACGGUGGCGAGAAUGAUCCAGUUUUAUUGAAAAAUCUUCGUCAUGAACAAGGCACUCUGCGUUUACUCCAAUCAGAACUGAAUGCAGAAGAAGUAAUCAAGAAGAGGACUGUAGAAGUUUAUCGUGAAAGAUGCAGAGGCUUUUAUAAACCAGAAAAAAAUUAGUUUCCAGUGGUAAAAUACUUUUUGAUAUAAUGAAUAUUUGAAAGGACCAUCAAAUGACCAAAAUUUCACUCAGUCAAGAUCAUUGACAUCAAUUGAAUUAGUGGUAUCGCUUGAUUAGCAUUGUCAGUCUUAUUUCGUGAAAUUAUGUGCAUGACACCUAAUGGUACUUGUUAUUAUUUUUCUUGACGGUUAAUAAGUGAAUUAUAUAUUGUAAAUACAACAAAUACUGUAGUGAAUGUAAAAAAAACUGCUGAUUGCAUCAUUGUGUGUAAAUAGAAUUGAUUUAUUAAAAAAUAACUGAAAAGAAA